AUCGCGAUUCGUGCCGUUCACGUUUCACGUGCGUCGUAAUUUUAAAUCGCACUGUCGGUAUCCUAACCUGAGCUGAGUUAGCGAAAAUCGAGCAAUUCGAGUAUUAAUCCAGCAUAAUCUCGAGUUUGACGACUCGGCGAACGCGUAUAUACGGUCUGUCAACGUCCUGAUGAGUCUGAAACGGAUCUGCGAUGUUCUCGUUCAACGGAAUGUACAAUUUCGAGGCGUCGUCGCCAGGCGUUUCCUUGCCACCGAAUCGAUGGAUCCUGAGAUCGACGUAGCCGCCGCCGCCGAUGAGAAGCCAAUAUACCCAGACGAUCCCCAGGCUCAGGAAGAGCUUGAUAGGAAGCGAAACAAGUCUCGGCUGAAUUCUUCACACAGGAAUAUGCUUAUGGGCGUGCGUCCCUAUGACCAGCCGAUCGAAUGGUUUCAUCAUACGGUCAGAUACAAGCAGCGUAUGCUGGGUAGAUACGGAUUGAAAGCUAACAAUGAGCCAGUCGGUUUUGCUUGGCCGACGCCGAAGGAGAUCAAGGAUACUCGGGACUAUGAAAGAAUUGCCUUUCCACUGUCUCUUAAGGAAAGAUGGCAAAAGCUGGAAGAAGCAAAGCGCUUAAAGGCUGAGAAGAUUCAAGCAAGGGAGGCUGAAAUAGCCGAGAAACUAGCAAAAAUGGAUCAAUGGACGGCUGAGUUGAACACAAAGAUCGCCAAGAAGGAGGCAGAGUUAGAAGCUGCUAGAUUACGUAAGGAGCGUAUGGUGACCGAAAUCAGGAAACACUUUGGUUUCAAGAUCUCGCCUGAUGAUGAAAAAUUCAAGGCAAUGUUGGCGCAAAAGGAGAAAGAGGAAAAGAAGAAGAAGAAGGAAGCCAAAAAGCAGGCACAGUUGGAAAAACUAACAAAUAUGAUCCAAAAAAUGACCAAUGAGCCAGCCAGCCAGGAACAGGCGACCACCUCGACGAAAUCUGUAGAAUAGUAAUGACCUCAAUUGCAAAGUGUGUGAUUAUUUGGAGGUUGCUGAAUGGUCGACACGACAUUUAAACUACUAACACUUCUUUACAUUUUAUUUAAGCAAUCAGCAUUUUCGCAUGUCAAAGAACGCGAGAUGUCGCAAAGUGAAAUUGAAUUCAAAAGAUAUAUCCAAAUGCUUUCUCCGCUUUAUUAUAGAAGCGUAUCUUUUUGUAAAUGGAAACUUUUUAACACACUUCGCGGUUACUCUCCACCGAGAGAGUACAGUACAAAUCUCAGGGACAAUGUACACAUAUUUAAUAGUAAAUAUCUUUUUUUUACUAAU